UGGCGGAGAGGCAAGAUGGCUACAUCGACUUGGCUGCAUGGCCCAUCUGCUAUGCGACUUACAGAAGGUUUGGUGUCGGUUCUGAAAGAACAGCGUCCAGAGUAUUUACCUGCUCUGCUGGCCAACUACAGAGAACAUGGCGUGUUCACAACACAGGGCGCCGGCGCAGUCGGGGGUCUCGUGGGCUUCAGCAAUGCCAAACUGGGCUCGAGCAAGACCAGGUUUGAGGGGCUCUGCCUUCUUGCUAUGCUGGUUAAAGACAGCUCCAGUGAUCUCUUCCAGCAACACUGCCUUUCCUGGCUUCGCUCUCUGCAGCAGGUCAUACAGUCUCAGGCGCCAGUUCAGACCAUCCAACUAGCAGUGAACAUUUUGAAGGACCUGCUACAGUACUCGUCCCAACUACCAGAGCUGGCCAGGGAGGUUGGCCUCAACUCAGUCCUUGGCAUCCUGACAUCUUUGCUUGGCCUCAAGACAGAGUGUGAGCUGGCAGCCAUGGAGGGGAUGACAGCCUGUAUGAGCUACUAUCCCAGAGCCUGUGGAUCCCUCAGGGAUAAACUAGGAGCGUAUUUUCUCUCUAAAAUGGACAGCACAAACCGGAAAACACAAGAGGUGGCCUGUCAGUGUUAUGGUCGUCUUCCCUGUCUGGGAGGCCUCUUGGACAGAGGAGUGGGCGCUGGCAGAGCUGAGGGCUGGACCAAUCAGAUUCACUGCCUACUGGCCACAGCCAAUGGCCUGCUGGCUCAGAUCUACCAAGGUGCAGAAACAGAUGGAACGGUGCAAUAUCAAGGUCCAGGGGUGGAGCUGACCUUCCCUCAUCUCGACCAAACAGAUCCCCUGCUGUUGUUGCAGCUGCAGCACAGAUAUACUGCUGUCUGCCUGGCACUCAAACACACACUCAGAGUGGAUCCUGCAUCAGCUGUCCGUCUGCCUGUCAGACCAAUACUCAACCUAGUGUGCCGAGCCCUUGCUGUCAGCUCCAAGAGCAUAAAUUUAACAGGGGAUGGAAGUGUGAGGUUGUUAGUCCUCCCCAUUAUCCACACCAACACACUGGAGGUCCUGUCAAGUCUUAUCACAGCAGUACGAAGAGGCAUGGUUCAGUAUGCUGCAGUGCUACAGAGGCUGUUUUCUCAAACCCUGUCUGCCUGGAUGCCUCUACCUGAAGCCAGUGUGGGACAACAGAGAGCCUACAGCUCAGUACGGGUAUCGGUGUACGCAACCUUAGAAUUGUGGGUCCAGGUAGCUGGAGCUUCAGCAAACAUCCUUCAGGGAAGCCCCAGCCACUCAGAACUCCUCUUUAGCCACCUGCUUGGUGACAUUACACCAGGGGCAGAGUCUAUCAAGCUCCGGGCAGGUCUGUCAGCUGAUGUGGUUCCUGGAGGAAAGCCAGGCCCUCGAAGGACGAAGCAGUUGGUCAUGGCGGAUGCAGUUGGACCAUCACUGCAGAGGAAGGGAGACCUUCUGGCCAAUCAAGAUACUUGCCUUUCAGCCCUCAGAGGACUGAGACAAAUCAUACAGACCAGCGGAACACUACUAAAGGAUGAUAUACACAAGCGACUCCAUGAUGUGGUGCUACCACUGUGUGUGCGUCUACAACAGCAGCAGUGCAGCACCAGCACUGCAUGUGAAUCUGCAGGGGGCGUAAGUGGGCAGUAUAGCAGUGCCAUCACUCGACGAGAACUAUACAGGUUAUUGUUGGCUCUGGUCCUGGUCCCAUCACCCUGUUGGCCUCCACCUCUGACCUGCGCCGUGUCCAUUCUCAGCAAUGGACGCACCGACCGCAACCUCAAGGUCUCUUCAUUCUGUGCUGAGGCUCUGACGAUCUGUAACUCAAUCCUUCACCCUCGCACUUCGUCCGUUGCCCUCCCUUUACCGCCCCUCACUCUGAAACCAACCCAUACUGCUCCAGUCCUCCCCUCCUCCCAGGGACCUGCUUCUGGACUCACUUUGCCAACCCUCCUAGGAGGUCCUGCCCCUGGUCCUCCCUUUCCCACCCGCCACUCUCUUGGCCUGGGCCCCACUUCCCUGCUAGGUUCUUUGGAGAACCACCUCUCCCUGGUUCCUGGACUGCCAGGCCAGGCCCCUGCUCCAGGAGACAUGAUCCUGUCUCCACACGCACACCACCAGCCAGAUCCUGCUGGGCUGGGUCCUCCAGAGGGGCAGAGACCUGUGUUUGUCCGAUAUGACAAAGAGGAAGCAGAAGAUGUAGAGAUCUCUUUGGAAAGUGACUCAGAUGACAGUGUGGUGAUAGUUCCUCCAGGGAUGCUCAAUAUGGAGAACCAGCAGGAUGACGUGGCAGCAAACUCGCAGAACAUACUCUCUGCUGCACCAGGUGGCGCUGGUGUCACAUUAAGUGGAGGAGAAUCUGUCACCAUGGUCCCCACUACAGCAGCAACAACCACAGUAGAAGGGACCUCUCUCUCCAAUGACCUGGCCACCUCAUCUCCCCUCCUCACCACUUCCACCACCCCCAUCAACUCUUUUCCUCCCUCCAGUGCCUCGGUCGUCUCCCUGGUUCCACCUUUGAACUCCAGCACACUCACAGGUCCACCUGGUGGACUUGGAGACUCAAUGCCUGGCAGGCCCCAGCUCCAGCAGAUGCUUAUGCAGCCCUCCACAGCAGGCCAGCCCAGCCCAAUGGGUCUACCACUCCAGAUGCACCAGCUGCAGAAUCAGCUGAGUCAGCAGGGACGCCACCUCCACCAGCACCCGCCAGCACCCACCAGCAACGAAGAUUCAGCUGUCAUCAACAUCAACAGCACUGAUGACGAAGAAGAAGAUGAGGAGGACAUGGAGGACGAUGAAGAGCUGGAGGAGGAGGAGGAAGGGAUGGAUGAGGAAGAUGAAGAGGAGGAAGUGAGCGAUUUAGCUGAAGAUGAAUUUUAUGAUGGGGAGGAAUAUGAGGACUAUGAUGAAGAAGAGGGUGAAGACCUGGAGGAAGAGGAGGAGGAGGAGGAAGAUGGGGACAUUCCUCCGCUGGAGGGAGCAGAGGACAAGGUAGUAGAGGCAGGGAUAGAAGAGGGGAAGGUGCUCCGAGCGGCGGUGGAUGAAGGAGGGAUGUCUGGCUUUAGUGUGGAGGGGGAUGCUGAAGGAGGGAUAGAGGAGAUCCAAACCAACAGAGCACUGUUUGGAGACGACAGGAUGAAGGUGCAGGAGGUGGAGAGCAUUGGAGUCCUGGAGGAUGCACGAGAAGGGGAAGGAGAGGAGGAUGACAGUGAAAAAAUGAAUGACCCUACCAUGCCACAAAUCCUGUGUGUCACUGGAGGAGCACUGGAUGAGAGGGAGGAGACUGAGGAGGAAGGUGGAGAAGCAGGGGGAGGAUUGGAGGAGGGGGAAAGCUCGUGGGAACAAGGAGGGAAGGAGGAGGAGGAGCUGACAGCUGCCCCAGAAGAACAGAGCACCAAUCAGACUCAACAGGAGUCAGCAGCUGAACCUGCACAGGAAGUCAGUGUGAGUGAUAACCAGCCAUCCAGCCAUCAGGAGGAACAGCUAGUAGCUGUUCAAGAAGAAGACACACCAGCAGAUCCUGAAACCUCUGCAGACUUGAGUACUAAAGAGCAAGAAGAGACGGUUGAUUUGAAAAGAGACAAAACUGAUACAGAGCAGCAGGAGGCAGCUGGAACAGAAGAGGAGAGUGAUGGAGAGGAGGGCAAAGGCGUGAAGAGGAAGAGAGAGGAGGGGCAGGAAGAGGAAGAAGCAGGGCAGAGCACUGAUAAGAAAAAGAUGGAUGAUGAAGCCAUGGCCUCCAUGUUGGCGGAUUUUGUCGCCUGCCCACCUGAUGAUGAAGAUGGUGCCUCGGGAUCAAACUGCUCAUGAAUAUUUGCCAACCUGAACUGAUGUGAUUGAAGUUACCACGUAUACGGCAGAUACUGCUAGAAUACUGUAUCAUUAGUCACAAGGUUUAGUUACCUCAUACAAUAACUCCAUGUUAUUCAUUACAUAUUCAGUCAUGCUUCACGUUGUUCAGAUUAUACUGUUAGAAUGUGGCCUCCAGUUUCUUUGUUGUAUUUUUUUUUAAAAACAAUAUUGGCAAGUUCUGGCUGCAUUAUGUGGGCUAUGGAAAGGAGAGUCUGGCUUUUUACUGUCACAUCAUCCAACUACCUGUACAUGAAGUAAAGUGAAGUCGCCCGGCAGGGAGGCAAAGCUCUCUGAAACGAAUUAGGCAGAACGAAAGCCUUUUGUUCUUGUAUACAGUACACGUUCUCUUACAGUGAGUAUAUGGUCUUUUUUUAAUUUGUAUGUCUUCCAUGUCUUUUUGUUUUGUCAUCUGUCAUAUGCUUUCUUAUAAAAAAAAAAAGUAAAAAUUCUGUCACGACUUACAUAACUACAUUGUUUUUCUGAGAUUUACUUUCAAUCAUCAGGACAGUAAUCGGGUUCAUUCAACUUCACCCCUUUACCAUGCCCUUUAAUUUUAAGGAUGAAUUUACCCUCAAUGCAAGAGGUCAUCUAGAAAGAUGUGUGGAUUAUGCAUUGACAGAAUUUUAAGAAAUACAUUUUAGAGCGUCACUUUCUUGUAUUUAAUUUAUUCAAUUUUGUACAAGUCCAUGGUAUUUAGGUCAGAUCAGGCAGACAUCUGAAAGACCGCACAAAUACAGUCUAAACUGUGCAACUGGACAGAUACUGUACUGCAAGAUGGCAAAGAAAAAAAUGAUCUUUUAUAAUUUGGGUGAACUGAUUUGACUAUCAAAUGUGUCCCAGUCCCAUACAUACUAGGUGAAUGUGGACAAAGCACAUAUGACUGGAAUUUGUAGGACACAUGGUUUGAGCUAAUCUUUUAAGCACCAUCUAGUUUUGUAUAAAAUGGAUUUGGAGAACAGUAAGUUCCCUUCACUUUUCCACAAGUAGCUUCUUUUUUGUUUCUUGUUGCAACGAUGUUAUGGUGAGUGAGAGGUUUGUAUAAUUUUACUGGUUUAGAAAACCCGUUACUGGCAAGGGGGCACUGGUGAGAACGCACUCGAGAUGCUGAAAGUUCCUUUCAUUUGUUUAGUAUAGAACAUGAGUAAGUGUGUGGUUCUGAAACGAGGAAAUAAAAUGAAAUAAGUAAUAAUCUAA